AGCUUUCAAAGCCAGCAUCUCACGCUAGAGGGAAGGCUGGGAAGCCGCAGCCCACAGAUAGAGGGUGCUGCGAUAUUGCGAAUUAGAGCUCCCUUUCCAAAACUCAGCUCUGGGUGCGUUUGGAGGAGGGUGUGCACAGGAAGCAAAAAAAGAGAAAGAAAAGAGAAGACACAAGAAAACCAGACGUGAACGAUGGAGAAAAGAGCAUAACUCCAAAGUCCAAUUCCAGAAGGUUUUCUGAAAGCAAGAACUGCUUUUUCCAGAUGUGGUCCCUGAUCUUCUUCUGUCUCCCUGUCUGGGCUGACGCGGCCUCUAUGUAUGGAGAGAUCUUGUCACCCAAUUAUCCUCAGGGGUAUCCCAAUUAUGCCAACGAAACUUGGCACAUCCAGGUCCCUUUGGGAUAUGGUAUUCACAUUUAUUUCACACAUCUGGACCUCGAACCAUCACAGGACUGCGAAUAUGACUUUGUGAAGAUCCUGUCUAGUGGCUUUGUUGAAGGCGUGCUUUGUGGGCAGAAGAAACCUCGUGCCCCUGGCUCCAGGAUUGUGGAGGAAUUUCGUGUCCCUUACAACACCCUCACUGUGAUAUUCCAAUCAGACUUUUCCAAUGAGGAGCGUUUCACUGGUUUUGCUGCCUACUACGUUGCUGUGGACUUGGAUGAGUGCAUGGAUUUUGUGGAUGAACCCUGCAGUCAUUACUGUAAUAAUUAUAUCGGAGGUUACUUCUGCAGCUGUCCACCAGAUUAUUUCCUCUAUGAAGAUAACAAAACUUGUGGAGUGAACUGCAGUGGAAAUGUCUUCACUGAGCCAACAGGGGAGAUUGCCAGCCCCAACUAUCCCAACCUGUACCCGGAGAACUCUCGGUGCGACUACCGAGUGGCUCUGAGCCCGGGCUACUUCGUGGUGCUGAACAUUCGCAGCGGCGACUUUGACGUGGAACCAGCCGACUCCAACGGGAUCUGCCACGACAGCUUAACUAUUAUCUCUGGAAAACAGCGUUUUGGUCCCUAUUGUGGCAGCAAAUUCCCAGGUCCUUCUGAAAUCAAAACCGGGAACAACAUUCUUGACAUAAUCUUCCAGACAGACCAGGGCAUACAACACAAAGGCUGGAAAAUACGCUACUAUGGGGACCCUGUAACCUGUCCCAUGAGUGUCAUCUCCAACUCUUUUCUUGACCCAAAGAAGGACAGGUAUAUCUUAAAGGACGUUGUGAAGGUGACCUGUGUGGAAGGCUAUGAAAUUGUGAGGCAACGAGAUAGCAUCACAAGUUUUCUCUCCAGCUGCCAGGAAAAUGGUGAAUGGACCAACUCCCACUUGAGCUGUGUCCCUGUGAACUGUGGUGAUCCCCCUCCUGUUGACAAUGCCCAAGUCUCAUAUGUCUCUGAACUCCAGGAGCCUCUGUACACAGCUGCUGUCCGCUAUGAGUGUGAGGCACCCUACUACACCCUGGAAAACAAAGACCAUGCGAUAUAUCGAUGCUCAGCCAGUGGAGAAUGGGUCAAUGAAGAGACGGGAACAAAGCUACCAAAAUGUGUCCCAGUCUGUGGGGUGCCUAGCAAUCCCAUCCAAGACACAGGGAGGAUUUUUGGAGGCACCCGUGCAGAAAAGGGGAACUUUCCCUGGCAGGUGUAUUUCAGUAACCCCAGAGCAAGCGGAGUGCUCAUCUCUGACAGAUGGGUGAUGACUGCAGCUCACGUGCUGGACAGAAAUGACAAGCCCCCCAUGUAUGCUGGGGUAAUCAAUGUUCGCAGAGAAACCCUGAAGCAGGAAGCUGAAAAGCUUAUCCCAGAAGCUUUAUUCAUCCAUCCUGGUUGGAAGGAGGAGCCUGUAGAAACCAGGAUCGAUUUUGAUAAUGAUAUUGCACUACUGAAGCUGAGGGAUCCCGUGAAGAUGGGUCCAAACAUCUCACCCAUCUGCCUUCCUGGUAAAUCACCUGAAUAUGAGCUGGAAGAAGGGACUCUGGGCUACAUUGCUGGAUGGGGGCGGAAAGAGGAAAGAAGGCUCUCUGCUGAUCUUUUGAAGGCCCAGAUUCCCGUGGUGAACAUGGACAAGUGCCGAUCUGUGAAACCAGUCAACUACGAUGACUCUGUCGUUUACAUAUUCACGGACAAUAUGAUCUGCGCUGGCGGUGGCAAGGACAGCUGCCAGGGGGACAGUGGUGGAGCCUAUGCCAUCCAGGAUCCUCUGAAUGCCACCCGGUACUAUGUCGCGGGGCUCGUCUCCUGGGGGCCGAAGUGUGGCACCUUUGGCCUUUACACCAAGGUGGUGCGUUACUUGGACUGGAUCAGAGAGACCAUGCGCGAGCAUGAGGGUGAGGAAACUCAGCAGAAAUAGUUGUUUGUCCUUCCAGCACCCUUUCUAAAUGUGAUGGCUGCAUGUUUGGGCUGGCUGUGACACUGUGCGCUCUGUGUAUCCAAUAUAUAACACAUUGUAACUCGUCCUGUCUAUGCUGAGUGGAGAGUCUGGAGUAUGGACCUGUUUCUUCCACUGUCAUCAUGUCUGGGAAGGGAAAUUCUCCUUCUUCCACUCAUAGUAGCAUAAAAGGAAGACAUUAUUCUGUAUAAAAGAGACUCCUUCUUCUUCCUUUCAUUUUUUUCUAUCCUAUUUUUCCCACUUGGAAAAGACCUAGCUGUGCCCCAUUGAAACCUGACAGGGAGGUUUCAAUGAAGAUGAGAGAGAAUAAUGGUUGGUUCCCAUGAAGGGUUCAGAGCCUGGUUUCUGAUUUAUGUAUUUCCUGACUCGUUCAGAAUAUCUAACAGCAUUAAAGAAUGUCCAAACUGCC